AUGGGGAAGAGAAAGAGAAGUUGUGGCAAUCACAGCAAGACCAAGUACACUUCUUCUUCGGACGACAUGCCAUGCUCUUCUGGAACAGAAUUAUUGUCUGGAGAGUCUUCUUAUUUGCACAACUCUAGUGAAUUAAGGCCUCUCUCACCCAGGGUGGAUGCAUCAGAUAGUGCUGUAAAGCUAUUGAAUGUGCACCAUUCUCAUGCACAUCAGAACUACAACCUUGGCCGUUCAAUAGUCUUGAAGCGAUCUCGUCACUACUAUGGUCAUCAGUACUCUCGGAGAAACGUGGGGAGUCAUGCUGAUGCAUCAACGUCUCGCGGGAAGACUGCCCUGUCACGUGAUGAGAGGCUUACCUUCAAGUUGAGCAGUCAACUAGGUUCUGAGCCUGGGUGGCAUACAGAAAACAAGGAAUUAGAAUUCAGUAGGCCAGACAGGGUAAGGUUUAGUUCCUUGGUAAUGGAUGCUGUUUCGUCUGAUUCAGUGAAGAUGGUAUGUGGAAUCUGUCAGAAACUAGUGAGAAGGAAACCUUAUUUUCCAGGAAAUGCAUUAACUGCUGGUGAAUUCUCUGUUGUGGCCGUUCUAGUUUGUGGUCAUGUUUAUCAUUCAGAGUGUUUGGAGCAGAAAACAAGUAUUGAAGAUAUGCGUGACCCUCCCUGUCCGUUGUGCUCGAACUUGCUCUCUUCUGAAGAUGCCUCUAGAGGACAAGAGUAA